AUGAAUUUAAUCGCUAGUAUACAAGAUAAACUCAAGCAAUAAGUCCCUACAGAUAAAUAGCUUCAAAUGAGUCACUUUGCAAGAUUGGUUGAGAUGUUGAAUGAGAUUGCAAAAAAUUAAUAAAAUUAAGAAUUAAUCUAAUUAGUCUAGCUACUCAUUUAAUUUUAGUUUCCUCAACAUACAUAAUAGAUGAUUUGCAAUUCCUUCUCCCUAUUGAUUGCUAAAACAGGAAAUGAAUUAAUUAAAUAAGUUGUGGAAAAUCUAUUGCAAUACAUCAACAAGAAGGGAUCAUUGAAAAGUAUUGCUUUGGCUUUGCUUGUUACCUUAAUUCAACUAACCAAACAUGAAAUCCAAUCAUUUUCAUACACCCUAACCUAAGAUAUUACCACCACACUGAUGAAGUUGCUAAAGAGCUCUGAUUAUCGUUUGUUACUAUGCAAUGUGCUAAAUUUCUUGAUUGAAUCAUAAAAAAUUGAAAUUCUUAAAAUAGCCUUGAAAUUUGCAUAGAAUGAAAAACUCGAGGUUCUCUAAUAAGCAGGAAUGUAAACACUAAUACACUUAAUGUAAGAGGAAGUGAUAUCAGAACAAAUGUAUUUAAUAGCCUAUAAAUCAGAUGACUCCCCCUUAUUUUAUAAAUAUUUUUCUAGAUACCUCUUCUAAUAAUAAAAUAUCGUAGCUCUAACAAAAAAAGAUAAAUUGAAAUCAUAGGUGCAACUUUAACCAAGAGAAUAAGCCCAAAAAAUAUUCCAGCUUUUCGAUGAAAAUUUAUCUAAAUUUCCUUCAAAUAUUGUUGGGAACAUAUUUAUAGCAUAUAAAAAGUAACAUUCUCUUAUUUAUUUAGAUACCUAACUCAUGAAUUUAAAAAAUUAGGACUUUCUAUUGUGAGAGGAUCAUUUGAGAUUUCAUGUUCAUAUUUAGGAAGCAUGGCAUUAGAAGAUCCUCAUCUGCACACAGUUUAUCAAAAGUAUCUAAUUAUUUGAAUAACGUAGAGCAGUCAAUCUAUGCAUCUUCAUGGUUUAACAAGUUCAAUUGAAUGAGAGAAAAGAUUUACUAGAAUAUUUUUUUGAUAAGAUUUCUAAAACAAAAUCUUAGAAAUGGAAUGUGUAUAUCUAUAAAUUACUCUUAAAAGGAAUAAAUUUCUUAUUUGAUACAUUGGGUUCAAAUGUUUUUGAUGAUAAAAGAUCAAAGCCAUCAGAAUUUAUCGAUAUUCUAACUCCUAUUUUCAAAAUUAGCGAUAUUCUAUAGCAUCCAAUGAGUAUUGAUAAACCAAUUUGUAUUAGUGUAAGUAGAAAUUUGUUUAAUACUUUUGAAUCUUUAUUUUAAGAGAACAAAAAAUGGUAAUAGAGUAUUUUAUCUGCAUUACUUAACUAUGCUAAAAUCACAUUAGCAGAAAUUAAUGUAAAAGAAACUAAUUAAUUGUUAAAUUAAUUGAGAGUUUAAUGUGCAUUGUUAUCUAAAUUAUUCUCUUUGUUAGAUUUAUAAUUACAUUCAAUAUCAAGCGAAUUAAUAAAUCAUUUAUGGGAAACUGCAAAAUCCUUUUUAGAUAAAUCUUCAUCAUUAAGAAGAACUGGUUGGAUCAUUAUUGCUGAACUAUUGAUGGUUCCCUAUUUUGGAACAACUAAUAAAGUGAAGGAAAUUGGAAUAUUGAUUGAAAAAAAUCUAACUUCUAAAGAGGAGAUUAAGGAUGAAUAGCAAUUAUUAAGUUAUUGUAGUGUUGGUUUAGUCAUUAUUUCAAUACUAAAUAGUAGCACAUUAUCAAAAUAAAUUAAGGACACAACUAGAAAAUUUUUGGCUUAACAAACUAUUUUGAUGUUUGCUAAGUUAUAAUCAUGUAAAUUCGAUAAGCAAUCACCAUUGGUGAUAUCUUCAAAAUAUGUGUUUUAUUAGGCAAUCAGAUAAAUACAACCAAAAUAUUAUUCAAAUGAAUUAAAUUCACUUGUAUAGUUUUGCCUUGAAGAUAUAAUAAAUGGAAAUUCACUAUGGAAUUCAGUAAAUGUCCAUAAAAAUAAUCAUUAUGUUGAUGAACUUAUGGGAAUUCCUCGAUCAGAAUUUUAGUUAGUACUAGCAGCUAGCAAAUUUUUAGGCCACAUCAUCUCUUCAUAAUCGUUUACCCUCAAAAAUAAAAUCAAUUUCAUUAGAUAUGUUAAUGGAACACUACAAACAUAAGUUGUAAAUAUAAAAGAUGUCUAAUAGAAGUAAUCAAAAUAAUAGUGUUAUUUAUUUUGUCUUUAUUAGAUUGCACUUAAAAUUUAUUAGGCAAAUUCACUUGUAUCUCAAGAAUUCAAUGAGCAAAUAUUUUAAAUUAUUAAUUUGUGUUAAUGUGUUGAUAAUUAAAUCCAAUAAUUAUGUGCCCACCUUUAUUGUUCAAUGUUAUAAAUUAAGGAUGUUGACCAAGCAGAACAAUUAAACUAAUUGUUAUCCUAAAAGUCACAAGCUAAUUUUACCUAUUUAGUUUUAGAGAUACUGAAAAAGAAACUUACUGGGGUGUAAUUACAAGUGCAAAAUCUUUUGAUGAAAGUGCUAUCAUAAAUGACAACUGAUGUUGCCAAAGUUAUUCAACUAUUUUAGUAGAUUGACCCAAGUUUACUCAAAAACGUUUGGGUGUUCCUUGUAUUUGCUAUAAGUUAAAGUGAUAAACCUAUCUAAAUAUGCUAAUUUAAAAUUCUGUCUGAAAUUAUAUUGAAUUAUGUCAGAAAUGGUGGUAUUAAAGACAAUUACUUUAAUAUCAUCUAUCAGGAAUGUAGGUGUAGGCUAUAGUCAAAACAAUUCUAAAUUUUAUAAUUAGACUUUGCAUUAGAAUAAGACACAGAAUAGACUGUUACAAAAGCUAUUAAUUUAUUAUUAAAAAAACCAUCACUAAAAAUUGCAGUCUUUAUAGAUUAACUAACUGAUAAAUAUACUAUGCCUUCUUUAGUGUAACCUAUUUUAUUUGUUCUAAAUAAUUUAUUUUCUAAUUAGAGAGUUCAUUCCACCUAAGAAUAAAUGGAACUUCGGAAUUUGAUGAAAAAUAUUUUCAUUAAAGUUUAUAAUCAACCUAUUGCAGAAUUACUUCAACUUCUACAACCUUAUAUCUUAGAUGAAGUGAUACCUGAACAAUAAGAAAGGAUACCAAUCCAUAUUAAAACAAGAAUCUUCCUUUUAAAAAGAUUGUAAAAGAUAUUUAAAUAAUGUGAUACAUCAGAUUAAGUAUUUGAUUUUCUAUUCAAAAUUACAACUUCUAUCUAUGAGGAAGCAAAAGAAAUAUCAUUUGAUAUGUUCCAGCACUUUUUUUACAAGGAGAAGGACUUAUUAAGUUUUGCAGCUCAAAUAGAUUCAAUAUUAUGUGAUACUAUUAGAAGAGAAAAUCAAAACCCUCCUUCUGUAAACCUAACGAACAUGAAACUUAUUAGUAAAUUUGCAAAAAUUGUAAAAGAUGAAUUUUUGGCUACAAAAUUAAUUUAAUUAUUAUCUAAACCAUUGUUAAAUGAAGGCAGAAAGAAACUAGUACCUAGCUAAUUUUUUAGUGAAAAGUCAUAACUCAAUAUUCUAAUCUAAAGAAUUGUUUCAUUAGGAAGCAUCUACAGAAAAAUACCUAAAUACUUUGAUUAAACUCUUAUAGAGUAGUUGAACUGUUAUGUCGAAGAAUUAUUGGAGGAUAUAUUUGUGAUUCUAUGUACACCAAGAUCUCAUGUAAGGGAAUAUCAGUCUUAUAAUUUUGUCUACAAUGGAAAGAAGUAUAGCUUUGACCAAGGCUUUCUCCAUCAAUCCUUGCCAAAACUACUACGAAUCUCAAACCUCAAUAAGCCUAUCCAUUUUACUUUAAUUGGCUACAUUAUUACAUAAUAUGUAAGAUUAUUUAUCAUUUUUAGGGAGCAUUUGAACAAAAUGAGAAUAUGUUCAAAAAAACUAUAGAGAAUCUUACUAAAUAACGAAUUUUAUAAUGUAGAGCUUAUAGAAUAAAGGGAAUUCAAUUACUGACUGAAGUUAUCAAUAAAAAUCCUCAAAAUUCAUUGCUGAUUAAUGGAAUUCAAAACUUAUUACCUAUAAUCUCUGCAGAAGCACCUUAUUCUUUGGUUAUUUGUUAGUAAUUUUAUCAAACCCUUAUUCAUCAUUAAAUUGAUUUAUAACUAAUCCUUGAACCUUUGAUUCAAAUUUAUUAAUUGACAGUAGAUUAGAACUUAAAAUUAAAUUGCUUAGCCUCUUUAUUAAAAAUAUCCUAACAAAAUCCUUAGGCAUCAGAUUAAAUAAAUACUAUAUUUUGGGAUUUUUUACUCACCUAAGAAUAUGAAUUCAUGAGAUGCACACAAUUAAUUUAAUUUUAUAAGGAUAAAAUAUACAGUUUAAAAUAUAAUGGCUAUAUUUAGACAAUAUUAUCAGCGAUAUCUAGUACCUAAAAAAUGAGAUAGGAAGAUUAUUACAUAUUAUUAAAUUUAGAUGGUUUAAUAAACAAUCGUAAUGAUAAUUAAGAAUAUUAUUAAUUGAUAGAUUGUAAGAUUAUUUCUUAUUAUGAAAAUAGUGCAUUUUACAAAUCUAUUAUCGAUUGGCUUGGCAUUACUAAAACAAAUUAAAUAGAAUUUAUAGCCAAUAUUAAACUGUUUGCUUCCUGCAAUAUAUAGGAAAAUCUCAAACAAAGAAUCAAAUUCAUAUUUAUUGAUAGGAAAGUUUUUAUUGCUCAGUUAUUUAUUGAGCAAUUAAAAAUAACAAUAAUUUCAGAGUGCCUUCAGAAUUAUGGAUCUUUUCACAGAGGAAAACUUGGAUUAGACCAUCAUAGAAGCCUCAAAACAGAAUCUGAAAAUCAUAGUAAUGAAUACUUAGUUGAAUUAAAUAAAUUUGCCACAUGACUUAUCUGAAAAAGUAUAAUUAAUAUAGGAUGAUAUUUAAAGAGAAAUGUAUGUAAAACAAUUAAAUUUAUAGUUAAGAAAAAUAAUAGAGAGAGGCUAAACAAAGACAACCUUAGCAAUCAGGUUAAAUAGUACUAAAAAUGUUUGGGUGA